AUGGAGUUAGAGGCUUUAGAUGAUGUUGAAGUUAGGGAUACGGAGACUCUAGAUAACAAUGAGGAAGAGUUUAAAACACCGACAAUUGGAAUGUAUUUUGAGACAAUUGAAGAAGCACGGAAUUACUAUGAACGUUAUGGUCAAGAAAAUGGGUUUUGGAUUCGUACUCGAGGUUCAGACAAAGGACGAAAUAGGUUGAAUGAAGUCACUAGGGUGCGAUUUGUUUGCACAAAAGAAGGAAAUUAUGCUACAAAAAAGCAGCAAGAGGGUGUUCAACCGUUAAAUGUGGAUGCGGUAGAUGAAGAGGAGAAGGUGAUAUCAAAGAAAAGAGAGAGAAAUUGUUCAACGGUUAAAUGUGGAUGCAAGGCUUAUUUGCGGAUUAUUCAUGACAAAUGGAAUUGCAAAUGGAAAGUAACAGGUUUUGAUGAAAAUCACAACCACCCACUGGUGACUCCAAGUAAGAGGAUGAAAAUGAAGUCAAAUCGAAACAUGCCGAAAGCAAUUAAGAAUUUGACUGAGACAUUUCAUAGAGAAAAUAUAGAUGUUUCAAAAGUUCCUUCAAUUUUUGGUGGUGAGUACAUUGGCUUUGAUAAUAGGGAUUGCUACAAUCACUUGAGGAAUGUGAGGCAUAGAGACCUAGAUUGCGGUGAUGCACAAUCAGUUCUUGACUACUUUAAGGACAAACAAGCACAGAAUCCACAAUUUUUUUAUGCGAUUCAAUGUGAUGAAAGUGGGAGGGCAGUUAAUUUUUUUUGGGUGGAUUCUCGAUCUCGCAUGGCAUAUCAUUAUUUUGGAGAUGUGGUCACAUUUGACACAACAUAUCGAACAAAUAAGUAUGAUAUGCCUUUCGCACCAUUUACGGGAGUAAACCAUCACAUGCAGUCAAUACAGUAUGGAUGUGCACUUUUACAAGACGAGACAAAGACGACGUUUGAAUGGUUGUUUAAGACAUGGCUUGACGCUAUGGGAGGACGACCUCCAACUUCUAUCAUCACUGACCAAGACUUGGGAAUGAAAGGAGCUAUUGCCAAGGUCUUUCCCAACACCCGUCAUCGUUUAUGUCUUUGGCAUAUUAAGAAGAAAUUUGUGGAAAAGUUGUCACAAGUGUACUAUAAGAAAUCGAAAUUCAAGAAGGAUAUGAAAGAAUGUAUUAGGAGGACAUACAAGAAAGAGGAUUUUGAAAAGAGAUGGAUGUUAUUGAUGAAGGAAAAUGAGUUAGAAAGCAACCAAUGGCUUCAAGGGUUGUUUGAUAUUCGAGAAUCAUGGGUACCCCUUUAUAAUCGUGGUACAUUCUUCGCUGGUAUGAAUACGACCGGACGUAGUGAGGGCAUCAACUCAUUUUUUGAUGGUUUUGUAACUCACACGUCAAAUCUCAAAGAAUUUGUGGUGAAGUAUGAGAAAGCCUUGAGUAGGAUUGUGAAAAGGGAAAAUGAUGAAGAUUUUGAGUCUGAACAUAAGUUUCGGAUUGUUAAUGACCAUGAAUUUUUGUUGAAGCAUGCGGGGAAAAUAUAUACUAGAAAGCAAAAAAAACCUACUCCUUACUUAAGGAUGUAUUGA